UUUGAUGCUGUCUGCCGAUUGAGCGCCAUAUUUUUACCAGAUAACACAAACUACCAUGAGAUAGGGGCUUUGGACGACCUCGGUUGUUCACCUGCUAUAAUAUCUGGCUUCUCGAGAUGUCUGCGGGGAUGCCGAGCACUACCAGCAAACUGAAUGUAUUGGUGACCAAACUGCACGAGUUUUUGGCUCAUUCUGCAGUUGAGGACAGCAAUGGCACACCAGCCUCUGGAGAUGCUAACGGUCUGAUAAAUGGGGGAUGUACUUUGACAAAUUCAAGAGGCCCAACUAUGACACAGGGAGGAAUCUCGAUGGAUGCCACAAAAUAUUCUGGCUCAAGGAGGAAACCCUCUGUUGUUAUAAAGCACUCUGGUCUGGAUGAAUCUGGGGACUCAAAUGCAAGUGAUGAUGAUUCUGAUUUACCAGUCAGUGCAAAUGGUCAACUGGAUUUAACUAGAUUACCUAAAGGCACUGUGUUGGUGAGGCCUGAGCCAGUGGAUAAUGUAAGAGAUGACUUCAGGGGCCCAGAGUUUCGCAGCCGAAAAUCUGGUGCACUGAGGAAGGACUUUUCAAGGAGACGUGGAGGAGUUGACCACCUGGGAAUUGUCAGUUGCACAGCAUGUGGCCGGCAGGUUAACCAUUUCCAGAGAGAUUCCUUCUUUCGGCAUCCAGUUCUCAAAGUUCUUAUCUGCAAGUCUUGCUUCAAAUAUUACUCAAGUGAUGACAUAAGUAAGGAUGGAGAUGGAAUGGAUGAACAGUGCAGGUGGUGUGCUGAAGGAGGAAACUUGAUCUGUUGUGACUAUUGUAGUAAUGCCUUCUGUAAGAAGUGCAUUUUAAGAAAUUUGGGGAGGAAGGAGCUGUCAAGUAUCUUGGAGAGCAAGUGGUACUGCUAUGUCUGUAGCCCAGAGCCCCUUUUGGACCUAGUAGUGGCCUGUGACAGUGUCCUUGACAACCUGGAACGUCUGUGGCAUCAGCAUCGCAAGAAAAGUCGAGCAGAGCCUGAGAAAUCUGAACUUUAUGACAUCUUGCCAAGGCUACCCCAAAACAUUGCUUUAGACAAGUGGGAUCAUAGUGGCAUGGAUGGUAAUGUGGUUUUCAACUAUAGCACACUGCAGAUUCCAAAGGAUCUAACCAAAAAGACAAAACAUUUAAUAGAGUCGACAAACACAUUAAACAGAAAAUUUAUCAAUUUCAUUCAAAAUGUCACAAAGAACAAACAAACAAGUGGUGUUCGACUUCUGUAUUUGAAGUCUUUUCUGUUGGUUCUAAAAGGCUUGAGGAUGUCUCAUAUGGCCCUUGAAGAUAGCCUCAAAGAGGAGUUCAGUGACUUGGAUAUAUCGAACUGUUGGGAAAACUUUGUCAGUGAUGACUUAAGUACUGAACAUCAUGCACAAGAGGCAGACACAGAGCUGGAUAUCUCUGAUGAGAGGUGCUUGAAUGAUUUGCAGAAGUUGGCUGCUGAACAUUUGGAGGAGGAUGAUUCUGACUCAAAGGGCUUGGCAGAUGAUGUGAAGCCUUUCUCCCAUGAUGUCCAUGGCUAUACUGGGGAGGACAUGGGGUCAGCUUCACGUAAAACGAGACGGAGGCCACGCAAAAUCCACUUGAAGUCUUCUGACAGCUUAGUCAAUAUGACUAAAAAGCUAGUGGUGAAACUUACACCUGUGCCUGUGGAACGGGAGCCACCCAUUGAUGCCCCAGUGAUGCAGGUAGAUGUGCACAAGAGGGAGGAAAGGAUGGAAGUAGAAGAAGUGGAGGAUGAAAAGAGAGAGUGUGUCAAAGCUGAGAGGGAGAUGAAGAAUGAAGUCUCCGGUGCUUUGAAGGAAUCUGUACACCCUGAGGAGGAACAUGACAAUAGAAGAUCUCCGCGAGUGAAGACCACACCUUUACGUCGACCAAGUGAUGUCAAGGCCAAACCGUCUCUUUCAGCUGCAGACAGUGACAGUGACUCAGAUCCCGAGGAUACCCGCGGUUCGGUGUCUGCCAAUGGGGCUGAAGAUCGAGGACUUGGCUUAGUAAGAGACGACUCUGACUCUGAUGAAGUGCCUGAAGCUCUACUUCAGCGGGCAGCCAUGACACAAAGCUCUGAUGAGCCCCCGAGUGACGAGGAAGAUAAGGCAUCUACUCAGGUGCCCAAGAAAUGUCUCUUUUGGCUUACCAAGAACACCCCUCUUUCACCAGAGAGGAUCCUCCGCAAACGCAAGGUGCUUGACCGUUCCUCUGAGUCUGACCCCAGUGACAGAAGAGUUAAGGCUCGAAGAGCAAGUGGCACUGAUUCUUCUAGUGAUGAGCAAGGCCUGCAGACGGAUGUAAAGCACUUGAAUAAGCUGAGGUCAUUAGGAAAGCAUCACAUGGUCAGCAGAGAGGAUGAAGGUGCAAGGAGGAGUCAGGGAAUAAUACAGACCAGGAAGCCUAAGAGUAUACCCAAAACACAGAGGACAACAAUGGAGUCAUCAACCUCGUCAAGUGAAGAAGAACAUGAAGGUGACUCAGGGAGUGAUGGGGAUGAUCAGAAGAUGAAGCCGAUUAUUGAAGAUAUGGCCCUGCUGGGUGCAGCAGCGUUCCAUCAGUCAUCUGGGGAUGAGGAGCAGUCUGGGCCCUCAUGGGCAGUAGAGGAAGAUGAUGACCCAGAAAAUAGAAUCGCUAAGAAAAUGCUUUUGGCCCAAAUCAAAGCCAACUACUCCUCGGGUGAAGAUAUCUCUUCAGAUGAAGGGACAGAGGAAGAUGAAUCAGAGUCUGUGGGAGAGGAGGAGGUUAAAGAAGGCAGAGAGGAUAUCGGAACAGAUGAAAAUGGGGAAGACUCGGCCUUGGCCUCAGAGUCAUCUGAUGUCAGGUCUGAUGGGCCCAAUUCCAGGCACCAUCUGCUCCGCCACAAACUCACCCUAGAUGAGGAAACAUCAAGUGAAAAGGCUGUAAUGGAAAGUCAUGGACAGCAGAAAGGCAGGAGAAAGGCCGGAUGCAAAGAGACUGACAGUCAAAGUGAUGAUGACAGUAGCCAGUCAGCACUGGAAGAGCAUGACAUGAGUGAGGAGCUCAGUCAGUCAGAAGAUGAGACCAACGAAGAAAACUCCAAAAGCUCCGUAUCGUCCACUAGAGAGCAGAAAGAAGCAGGCCGCAGUUACCUGCAGAAGAAGAAAGUGCCCCUGUACAUUUUGUCUGACUCUAGCAAUGACAAGCAGAGUGAACAAGAAUUUGGGAGUGAUGAAAACGAGGACAUUAAAGGCACGCCCAAGGGACGCAAGAAGAUCCGUAAAAUUAUUGAUGAUGAGAAUCUCCGUGAUGAGACCCAGAAAGCCCUGAAGGAGGAGAAGGAGAGAUGCAAACGCCUGGCAGAAAGAGACCAGCAGGCAGAAGACCUGAGAGAGGUGAUCAUCAUAGAGGAUGAGUUUUCCCAGGUGCCACAUACCGUCACUACAAAGCUGGUCCUGCAUCAGGAUGAGGACACAAAGCAGCCUCUUGUUCAGGUGCACAGGAACCUGGUGACCAAACUGAAGCCUCACCAGGUGGAUGGUGUCCAGUUUAUGUGGGACUGUUGUUGUGAGUCUGUGAAGAAGGCCAAUUCCUCUCCUGGAUCAGGCUGCCUACUGGCACACUGCAUGGGCCUGGGGAAGACUCUGCAGGUGGUAACGUUCCUCCACACAGUACUCCACUGUCAGCACCUGAAAUUCAGAUCUGCCCUGGUGGUGUGUCCACUCAACACGAUCCUCAACUGGGCCCAUGAGUUCAAGAUGUGGCAAGAGAAGAUGGGGAAAGAUAAAAUCAAGGUUACAGAACUGGCCACAAUAAAGCGACCUAUGGAUCGCUUCAGCGCUGUCAGCAGGUGGCAGAAGAUUGGAGGUGUUUUGAUAAUAGGAUAUGAGAUGUACCGCAACCUCUCUCUGGGCCACAAUGUUCCCAAUGAGCAGAUGAAAAAUGAAUUUCACAGAGCACUUGUAAAUCCAGGUCCUGACUUUGUGGUUUGUGACGAGGGGCACAUCCUGAAAAAUGAGGCAUCCAAAAUCUCCAAAGCUAUGAAUGCCAUCAACACCCGGCGGCGAGUGGCGCUGACUGGAACCCCACUGCAGAACAACCUGGUUGAGUACCACUGCAUGGUCAAUUUCAUAAAGGAGAACCUGCUGGGCUCUCUGAAGGAGUUCAGAAACCGCUUUGUCAACCCCAUCCAGAAUGGCCAGUGCGCCGACUCCACCCCCAAAGACGUCCGAAUCAUGAAGAACCGUGCCCAUGUCCUGCAUGCCAUGCUGGCUGGAUGUGUACAGAGAAGAGAUUACACAGCGUUGGCCAAAUUCCUGCCAUCCAAACAUGAGUACGUGCUGGCUGUGAGGAUGACCCCUCUUCAGUGUCGGCUGUAUAGCUACUACCUGGACCACUUCACUGCUGCGCGCUCCAGGGUCAAGACUGGAGCAUCCCUCUUUAAGGACUUUCAGACACUCAGCCGAAUUUGGACUCAUCCCUGGUCUCUCCAGCUCAACUACAUCAGCAAAGAGAACAAGGGAUAUUUUGAGGGGAAGAAUCACAGCAAAGCUCCUGCUCCCUUGAGAGGUGAAGAAUCCACCGUGACUGAGAGUGGAAAGACAGAAGUGACUACUGAGGAGGACAUCAUUAAAGUGACUGUGGGACAGGACAUCCAGCCAGAGGCCACAAGUGUGACCACUGACCCUGAGAAACCAACCACCAGCACGAAGCCCGACAGUCCAUCUGAAGACUGGUACAAGUGCCUGAUGUGUGAAGCCGAUGCCACGGUCCUGGAACACUCGGGGAAGAUGGUGCUCUUGUUUGAGAUCCUCAGAAUGGCCGAGGAGCUGAGGGACAAAGUGUUGGUGUUCAGUCAGUCCUUGAUCUCCUUAGACUUGAUUGAAGAUUUCUUGGAGCAUUCUCACCGUGCCAGAAUGAACAACACAUCGUCCCCAUACAAAGGCGCUAGCAGCUGGGUUAAAAACAUUGAUUACUAUCGUCUUGAUGGGUCCACCAACGCAACUUUACGGAAAAAAUGGGCAGAGGAGUUCAAUGAUACCACCAAUGUCCGUGGUCGAUUGUUCCUCAUCUCAACAAGAGCCGGGUCACUUGGCAUCAACCUCGUAGCCGCCAACAGGGUCAUCAUCUUUGACGCCUCGUGGAAUCCCUCUUACGACAUCCAGAGCAUCUUCAGGGUGUACCGUUUUGGCCAGCAGAAGAAUGUCUUUGUGUACCGCCUCCUGGCUCAGGGCACCAUGGAGGAGAAGAUCUAUGACCGUCAGGUGGCCAAGCAGUCUCUGUCGUUCCGAGUGGUGGACCAGCAGCAGAUAGAGAGACAUUACACUCUAUUCGAACUGACUGAGCUUUACACGUUUGAGCCAGACAUGCUGGAUGACCCAAACUCAAAGAAAAGCAAGAGGACCGCCACUGAGUUGCCAAAGGAUGUGAUCUUGGAGCAGCUACUGCAAACCUGUAAAGAUCAGAUAGUGUGCUACCAUGAGCAUGAAUCUCUGCUAGACCAUAAAGAGGAGGAGGAGCUCAGUGAGGCCGAACGCAAAGCAGCCUGGGCCGAGUACGAGGCGGAGCAAUCAAACACAACGGGCCGUCCAAAUCAGAUCAACCAGAAGAGCUUGAGCCUGAAGACAGAUGAAGAGCUACUGAAUAUGCUGAACACUAGCCGAGCCGGUGUAGAGGCAGCCUUCAGCUCGAUGCAGUCCUCGAGGUACCGCACACUGGAGGACUUCAUACUGCAGCUGUGGCGCCAGGACCCCAGUUUGCUUGAGGGCGAGGUUAUGAGAAGAGCUAAGCUGAUGAAACAGACAGAAGACAAAGAGUUUGCACGUAGAAAAGCCACAUGUCAACAAGUUAUUGAACAACAGCAAUCACUCAUAUUGAACAUUCAGGCCAUAAUGAACAGUCGAAGAGCUCAGCUGGCAGGCUUGUCUGCGAACACCGUGUUGUAGUCAGAGAGGGAGGAGGAUGCCCCCGUGUCGAUCUGCUGGUCUCUUCUGAAAAGACAUGAAGAAGGGACGUUACUGCACCACCGGAGUUGAAAUCAUGCACAUGUGCAGAAGCUACCUCUUUGUAUGACAGAAGUGAAUGUUUUUUUUUUUUCCUCCAGUCUAACAAACUGAAGAGGUAAUGAGCUCCAUAAGCAUAAGGACAGGAACACAUAAUCACAUGUUCUGUAUUUCACUUUGUUGCGUUUUCAGUUCAUGCUUACUGCCUGUCUUACUGCAGUUAUGGAUAAACACAGAACAGUAAUGUUUCACCAAGUUCUUGUACUUUAUUCCCCAGCGCUCUUAAGCUAUGAUGUGGCACAUUAACUAUCAGCAACAAACCAAAACCUGCAGGACACUGGACCUGGAGCAGUGAAAUUGAGCAUGUCUACAUGCAUCAUCAUACAAUGCAAGCAGAUUAGUGUCUAUUCUCAGCUAUAAUUUAACUGUAUAAUUUCACCAUUAUUUUGUAAUAUUACGAUUCCGGUUUUAUCUGUGCUUACUAUGGCUGACUUGAAACGCUUCUGCUCCCAGACUCACACCUCCAAGCCAGUGACAGUCAAAAGUCAGGGGGCUUCAAGACUGACAAAGUACACAGAGGGACACAGUGUUCAGCCUGUGGAUUUAGAUGAGGGGAUCAUCUUAUACUGAAGUGCAACUGUAUCCCUUAAGAGUAUUAGGACCAUGAAAGGGUAACACUAGUAUCACUACAUUAGUUGUAAUUUCAGCCUCUCUGUUGAAAGGUAGUUUUUUUUUUUUUUUUAACAUUAAAUGUAGCUUCAAAUUGAAACUCACGCUAGGUUCUUUGACACCAAAGUAACAGAAAGUGUAUAUAACCAAAACAAAAAACAAAAACAAAACAAACAAACAAAAAAAAAAAAAAAACACUGAAGAUGCCUUAGUAAUUUUUUACUUUAAGAAUUUUGUUG